AUGCCAAACUCUCGCUUAAUACCAGUCUUACCUCAGCCUCAAUCUAAUCAACGUAAACGAUCUAAUUCGGCUAGCAUCUAUUCAACACAUAAAAAGGGGUUUAUAUCUCGCCUUUUAUCGCCACCUCACAAUAAUAUGAUAGAACUAGAUGAUAAGACAGGCCAUCAUAAGAAAAGCAUUGGAAAGCUAUUUAAAAAAAUAAGUGGGAAUAAGUCAGAUCCAGAAGAGCAAGGCGACCAAGAGAACCUACCUCAAGUGAGGCCAAUUCGACCCUCGAUUCGACAGCACUCCAAGAUACCCUUGGCUCCUCCACCCACCAUGCGCCAUCGUACUUUAUCUCAGCCGAUCUCACAACAGUUCCUAUCUGACCUACCAGAACAAUACAUCACCAAGCGACCAUCAAUUUCACAAAGCCAGUCUCAUGAAGUCAUCAGAAAAUCAUCCGGCUCCUUCUCUAUCUAUUCUACCUUUGGUCGAGACUCGUUUGAUUCGGUAGAUCAUGUCAGUUCAGAAAGCCUUGAUUCCUACAACACCGUACAGGACCACCAGGAAGAUACGGAAGAAGAAGAUACAUUUGUGGACGCCCAUGGGUUCUCAGAGGAAGAUCUGGCCAUACUCGAAAAGAAGUUACAGGACACGCAUCUGGCCAAACGACUGAGCGGCGGCCACUAUGGUAGUGCAGGUGGACUGGUUGUCAGCAUUCAACCCAAGCAGAUUGAGAAUGACGACGAGUUGGCCAAGAGUAUGCUCAACUGGAAACGACAUAGCGACAGCAGUAAACGAUGGAGCCACAUUUUACGAACCCAACAUACAGAAGAAGAAUUGCCUCAGACAGUCAACGAUAAACAUGCGAGCACAGUGACCAUGAUUGAUCUGCGAGCGACCUCCGAAAGACAAGAAGAGGAGCUGUCGAUGCCCGAUAAACUCGCCCUGCGUGAGGAAGCCGAGAAGACACUCAACGGUCAAUCCAAGCAAGAGACCCUAUUCACGAGUGACGUCUGGACAAGUACAAGCAGUAUCUCCCUAUUGGACGACCCUCGAGAAAAAAACAAGAAAAAAGAAGAGGGCCAGGAUGAAGAAAAGGCCAGGGAGACGGCACAGAUGCUCUGGAAUGAAGAUGAGUCGGUGGUUACGAAAGAAAAGAUGGCAGAAUGGCUAGGUCAGAACAAACCAUUUCACUCAACUGUCCUUCGGCAUUACAUGGAUUACUUUAACUUUGCAGACAUGAGAUUAGAUGCUGCAUUCAGAAAGCUUUGCAGUAAACUUUAUUUCAAAGCAGAGGCACAGCAGAUUGAUAGGAUUCUAGAAGUAUUUGCAAAUCGCUAUUGGGAAUGUAAUACAGGAUGUUUAUUUGGGAGUGCAGACGUUGUUUAUGCCGUCGUAUAUUCUCUAUUAUUGUUGAAUACCGAUCUGCAUGUGGCCCAGGGGAAACAUGUGAGAAUGACAAGAGCAGAGUUUAUUCGAAACACAAUGUCCACUAUUUUGGAUCAAAAGGAACAUGAGGAGAGUUUGGGCAACAGAUGGACAUCAAUGGAUGGCAAGACAUGGGAAAUGGAGAUUGAAAACUAUUUGAGGGAAAUGUAUUCAUCCGUCAAGCAGUAUCAAAUACUUCAGCCGUUGACAAGAAAGACAAGUCUAGUGAAACGAAGCAGUAUUCUAGGAGGUCGUCGGGUUGUAGGACUCAAACGAAGUGUGAACUCGAUCAUUCGUAAAUCGGGUAUUACUGAUAGUAUGAUGUUACCAGACGAUUUCCAACCAACCUCGCCUGUGCAACAACAACAGCCAAGGACAAGUAUGAGCUCGGGUCACGCUCAGUCUUCUCGCCGAGAAUCAUUUUCAUCCAUCAAUUCGAGCACCACAUCAUUCUCCUCACGGUGUGGAUCACCCAUCAAUAACAUGAGUUCUAACAGUUAUCAGCCCAUGAUCCAGUAUAUGGAUACACAUGCAUCUGCCCUUUUCUCAAGCCGACCUCCUUACUACAAGGAAGGUGUUGUCAUGCGGAAGCAUUUGCUGGAGAAUGCGACACAAAAGGCUAAACAUCGAGAGUGGAAAGAGUGUUACCUAGAAGUAGAUAAGCAUGGUGAACUGUGCAUGUAUCAAUUGCAGCAACAACAAACGCAGGAAUCGUUUGAUAAGAGUUUCUUUAGACAUUCAAGCGCAGCACAUUUUAGUUUGUCUGAUACCCUGAAGCCUACUGUACCACAAAAUCCCGCAUCCUUUUGCGCAGGAGGAAACAAUACCAGAUGGGCAACACAUUCCCAGUUACUUGGUAAAAUAAAGCUAAACCACACACUAGCAAACGCACUACCGCCCCCAGGAUACAACCGGCAGCGGCCUCAUGUGUUUGCAAUACAACAAGCCGAUGGAGGUGUUUAUUUAUUUCAAGCAGCCUCGGCUGAACAAACGCAAGAAUGGGUAUUAACCUGUAACUAUUGGGCGGCGAGGACAAGUAAGGAACCAUUGCCAGGAGGCAUCAGCAACAUGGAAUAUGGAUGGGGCCACUGUCUUGAUGACGUUGUCAUGGAUUUGGACGCUUAUCAUAGUGAUAGACAAGCCAAUAACUUUUAUAUCCAUGAUCCAGACUCGGUUACGAUCCAUGACUGGAUUCCGCCCACGGCAACUAUGGUGUCAAGUCAGUUAGAUGAAAAAGAACAAUACAAGGUGCUACAAAAACACUUGGCUGAAUUGGAUAAUGAAAUAAAUGAACACCGAGAUAGAAAAGCCAAAAUAUUGAUUAAGUUUCCUAGCAAAUGCAGUAAUUACAGUAAAGUGAUGUCCAACUGGGAAGCAAGGGCUAAAUAUCUCUUGCAUGAAAUUAUUAAAUAUCAAAACUAUUGUGAUGCGCUAGAAAAAAGCAUAGAACAGCUUGGAGAAAAUCAGCUCAUGUAUCAAACGCCACAGGUUGAUUUGGUGAAAGAAAUCAAUCAAGAAUUACAUUUUAAUAUAUAA